AUGACUCUGGAGGACCUCUACCGCAGCCUUAAGAUCGAUCAAGUGUCUGAGCUGCCUUUUGGCGAUCUCCGCAUCAAGGUGAAGUCAGAAGAAGCCUGUCUCCGCCUCGAGCGCACAAAGGUGAACAUUCUGGGUGGCGCCUACAUGUUCAAUGGGUUUGAUGUGCUUGGUGGCAAGUAA